AUGAAAGCGUCGUUCUGGGUUUUCUCGCUGACAUUGACCAGGCGUUUCGUCGAUGAUGCGCUUGGAUUCGCCUUAACGUGGAAUUACUGGGCAAAUGACGCCGUCUCCACAGCUUCAGACAUUAUAGCAUUGCAAGUCUUGCUGGAAUAUUGGACGAAGCAUUUCCCUGGCUGGGGCUUAAGCCUCAUUUGCCUUGCGCUUGUUCUGACCCUGAAUAUCUGCUCGGUCAGGGUCUUUGGAGAGAUCGAAUACUGGCUGUCAUUACUGAAAGUCGUGACCAUCAUUGUCUUCAUCAUUGUUGGGAUUGCUGUGAACUGUGGCGCUAAUACUGAUCAAACAUACCUGGGCGCUAAAUACUUCUACACCGGGGACGCGCCCUUUGUCGGGGGGAUUGGAGGCUUCGCUUCCGUUUUUGUAACAGCUUCCUUCGCUUAUGGCGGAACCGAAAAUGUGGCCGUUACAGCUGGCGAGACACGGGAUCCGUCUCAGACCUAUCCUAGUGUCAUCCGCAAUGUCUUCUGGCGCAUUCUUCUCUUCUACGUCGUAUCUAUCAUCAUCAUCGGUCUCGAUAUUCCUUACAACUAUCCUGGCUUAUCGACAGAGAGUGCUUCCACCAGCCCUUUCACUAUUGUCUUCGACAAAGCCGGCAGUACCGUGGCGGGCAGCUUUAUAAAUGCUGUAAUCAUGACUAGUGCAAUAUCUGCUGCCAAUCACGCCCUCUUCGCCGGCGCACGCCUUCUCUACACCCUUGCCAUUAGCGGUCACACUCCCGGUUCUCGUUUCUUGGGCCACCUUAACCGAUUCAAUGUCCCAUGGGUGUCAGUCCUUUCGACCGCAGCUAUCAGUGCUCUCUGCUUCGGGGCAAGUAAGAUUGGUGCCGGUCAGGUCUGGUCGUGA